AUCGAGCUCUGCUUGUGUUCGGAAUUGCUCUAUGUGUUUGGCUGAUCACGGCGUGUUGACUUACCGCGUCUCGGCUGCUCACUCGAAGCAGUAGAUGGGCUACACAUCGACGCAUCAAACAACACGGGACGUUUAUGGCCGUUCCACCCACAUAAGCGCCAAUCCCUCGGACUUUGGAUAUUAAACACCGAAGAAAGGAACGACAAGCUUGCUUUCUCUCAUACUUCACCAUGGUGUCCACAGUUCUUGCUGUGACACUGUGUGUCACACUCAUGCACAUUUGCAUGACUACAGGUGCAGCCUUUCUCACUCCAGAUUCAGAUGCUCCUCCCACUAUGACUUCUAAUCCCCGCCCCCUGGGCACAACCACUAACCCGACUCAGGCUGUCCCGUCUGUUGAACCUCACUCCACAGUAAUGUCACCAGGUGUUCUCACAACUGCCAUGACUUCUUCAACUGCCCCCCAGUUUGGCCAGUUAGGAGGGAGGGGUGGUGUAACAUCACCACCAGCAGAGGAAGAGACCACAACAACUUUGAUUACCACCACAACAAUAACAACAGUUCAUACACCAGUGCAGUGUAAUGCAACCCUGACAGGCAUGGAAGGCAUAGUGGAGUCUCCAGACCAGCUCUCUUCAUCAAUUCCAUUUUCUCCACUAGAAUGCACAUACAGCAUCACUGUAUACCCUGGAUAUGGGGUGGAAAUACAGGUGAAGAAAGUGAACUUGUCUAAGGAGGAAUCUCUGACUAUUCUGGGACUGGAUGGCUCCGUACCUGAGCUUUUAGCCAAUGAGACAAUGAUCACUGAAGGACAGGUGAUACGUAGUACAACAAAUCAGGUGCAGAUUCACUAUCGAAGCCUGAAGCAGACCAAUCAUGGCAUUUUUACCCUUCACUACCAAGCAUUCCUUCUCUCCUGCCCAUUCCCUCUCUCUCCUGAGGGGGGUGGUGUCACUGUGACUGACAUUCACCCUGGGGGUCAGGCUCACUUCCACUGUGACCCCAGCUUUCAGGUCAGAGGUCACGAAGUCGCCACUUGUCUCAACUCCACCCGACCCCAUUGGAGCACUCCUGAGCCUCAGUGUAUGGCUGUGUCAUGCGGAGGAUGGAUCAGAAAUGCCACGGUGGGCCGUAUUCUCUCUCCUACCGUUCCCUCCAGCAGUAACCUUAGCAAUAGCAACUUGAGCUGUCACUGGUUGCUUGAGGCCAAGGAGGGCCACAGACUACACCUCCAUUUUGAAAGGAUGGCUUUGGAUGAAGACAACGAUAAGCUGAUUGUCCGCAGUGGGAAUAAUUCUAACAUGCCCCUUCUUUUUGACUCGGAUCUGGACGAUGUUCCAGAGCGUGGGAUAGUGAGCGAAGGAUCAUCCCUGUAUCUGGAACUAACAGCCGACUCUUCAUCCAUCCCUCUGUUGAUGGCACUUCGCUAUGAAGCAUUUGAUGGUGAGCACUGUUAUGAACCCUAUGUCCCUCAUGGGAAUUUUAGCAGCAGCGACAUCGCCUUCCCUAUUGGUACAACGGUAACCUUCUCAUGCUCACCUGGUUUUGUCAUGGAACAAGGAUCCGGGGUCAUGGAGUGUGUCGACCCCAGUGACCCUCAUUGGAAUGAGAGUGAGCCUGUAUGCAAAGCUCUAUGUGGCGGGGAGCUGACAGAUGCAACAGGAACCGUGCUGUCUCCUGAUUGGCCACAGAGCUACUCCAAAGGGCAAGACUGUGUGUGGCAGAUCCAUGUCAGUGAGGACAAACGGAUUGAGCUGGAUGUUCAGAUUUUGAACAUUCGUCACAAUGACAUUCUCACUAUAUUUGAUGGCCAUGACCUAAUGUCCCAUGUGAUUGGUCAAUAUUUGGGGUCACGGGAAAGGUUCCGGGUCGUGUCUGGUGGCUCAGAGGUCACCAUUCAGUUUCAGAGUGACCCAGAUGAUUCCACCUUCAUUCUGAGUCAAGGCUUUUUGAUUCACUAUCGAGAGGUGGAGCCUAAUGACACAUGCCCCACUUUGCCACCAAUUGAAUUUGGCUGGAGUAGCUCUUCCCACGUCUCACUUGUCAGGGGAAGUGUAAUAACCUAUCAGUGUCAACCUGGUUAUGACAUUGUGGGCUCUGACAUUAUCACCUGUCAGUGGGAUCUGUCCUGGAGCAACAGUCCACCUACCUGUGUGAAAAUUCAGCAGUGUCCUGAUCCAGGGGAGGUGGUGAAUGGAGCACGCUCAGUUCACCCAGAAUUAGGCUUCGCAGUUGGAACAGUGGUGCGCUUUACCUGUAAUCAAGGUUACCAGCUGGAAGGCCCUAGUCAGAUCUCCUGCCAUGGCAGAGACACUGGCAUGCCAAAAUGGAGUGAUCGUAGCCCCAAGUGUGUUUUGAAGUAUGAUCCAUGCCCAAAUCCUGGCGUGCCAGACAACGGUUACCAAACGCUGUAUAAACACAGUUACCAAGCAGGGGAGACCCUGCGCUUUUUCUGUUAUGAAGGCUAUGAGCUGAUUGGAGAGGUCAUCAUUAAUUGUGUCCCAGGACACCCCUCUCAGUGGAACAGUCCACCCCCUUUCUGCAAAGUGGCCUAUGAGGAGCUGUUGGAAGAUCACAAACUGGAAGUCUCUCAGUCAUUAGAGGCCUCCCACCAAAUGCUGAGUGAGAACAUUGCAUUGGCCAUCAUCCUGCCAAUCAUCCUGGUCAUCCUUUUGAUUGCUGGAAUAUACAUGUACUACACUAAUGUGUGUAGGUUGCAGUGGAAGCCGCUAUUUUGGAAGUCCCUCUCACACACCCACUCUUACAGUCCCAUCACAGUGGAGUCUGACUUUAAUAACCCACUGUAUGAAGCAGGGGACACAAGGGAGUACGAGGUGUCCAUCUGAAGCAACAUACAAGAAAGAAAUCAAAACCUAAGAAUGGAAAAGAAAAUGAAUGAAGGAUAUUAUGUCUGUCUCUCACUUGCAGUCCUUUAACAACUAUACCGUUCCUUUUUUUCACUCUAUUUUCAGUAUCUCUCUUGCUCGUUGCUGACUCAUGUAACAGUGUGCGUGUGUCGGUGUCAGUGUGUGUGUGUGUGUGUGUGUGUGUGUGUUGUGUGUUGAGAAAGAAGAGACUGUUAAAUAGUAAAAAGUAGAGAUGCACCAAUACCAAUACCAGUAUCAGGUAUACGUCUGAUACUACGCUAAUGUAUUGGUGAAAUUGUUCUGAUACUAUGGGACCGAUACCAGUUCACCACAGCAGCUAUGUGCAGCCCCUCGUCCUCCAAAGCUAGUCAAAGCGGGUGACAAUGUUGUUAACGCCUUCGUUGAGAGAAUAAAGUGGAACUAUUUUUGUGGUGGUAAAAUAAACUGGCAGCACAGUGGCUUAAUGGUUAGCACUGUCGCCUUGCACCUCCAGGUCCUGGUUUUGAGGUUUGAACGUGCAUAGUGUUUGCUUGUUCUCCCUGUGCUUGGUUGGUUUCCCACUGGUUCUUUGGUUUUCCCCUACAAUUCGAAAACAUAUAGAGUAGGCUAAUUAGCAUUUCCAAUUUGCCCGUAGUGUGUGAAUGUCUUUAUUGGCCUUCACGGUCUCUAGUUGGACUGCAGAGGUUCCUAUAUGGAUGGAUGCAAAAAAAAAAAAAAAAGUGCACUGCAGGAACAGCAAUCAUGGGUUUGGGUUUUCUCCCCUCUAAGUUUAUUGUCAGCAAGUGCAAGUAAGAUUAAGCUUGCAAGAUAUAAGAUUACAAGUAAGACUAAGUGCUUCUCUCUUUAUUCUAGUCUAGUCUAGUUUUUCUAACCUGACUCGCUGACAAAAUAUUUAUUAUGUUUGAUAUACAAAAAUCAUAUAAGAAGCUCAGAAAAAAUAAUCACGUCAGGCAUGAAAAUUUGCUUAUAUGCAUAGGUGCAUGAAAUGAAACUCAUUGAUCUGACAUCAUUAUUUGUGAGCAUUUGACAUGGUACUGACAGUCCCUAAAGAGACCGUUAAUUUUUUUUUAUAGUUUUCUGCCCUACCCCCGAAAAAGGUUUUUACAUUAAGAUAAAUUUGUAAUAUAUAUGGAUUUUUCGGUAAGCACAAUUGCAUGUAGUAAUUUUUUUUCCUUACCAAAAAAAUAAUCCCUAGAGCUUUUAAAGCUGUUUCACUUACCAAAAAAAUAGCACAUCACCAGCUUGUUGCUGGACAUUUCAUCACUGAUAGUCCGGUCCAGUGUUUAUCAUCAGUUUAACUGCGCAGUGGAUUAAUGAGGACGUUACUCCGCAAAGAGUCACUCUACAUGCAAAGCAGGUUCUAGGUGCAUGCGCUAGCAAGGCCAUAGCAGGCGUGUUUGAUGACAUGGGAAAUUCCAAAAAAGUUCUGUUCAUGUUGUACUUUGAAACAGAGGUAUCGGUACUCUGUAUUAGCAAAUGGAAUUCCAAAUGGAGGUACUGACAAAAUGUGGUAUCGGUGCAUCCCUAGUUAAAAGGAUUAAGCGUGAGUGUAUGGUUUCUCAUGAUUAGAUAUGUUUUAGGUGCCUUAGGGACUUAAAAGCGAUCAAGGUAGUGAUGCUGAGAAUGAGGCUCAAAAGGGUAUGAGUACAACGGUGAGUCAGCAACUUGUGGGGUGUGAAAGAGAGAGAGAGAGAGAGGGAGAGCGAGAGAGAACUUUUUCACAUGGGGAGUGAAUAAUACAAAAGACAGGAGCACACACAAACACACAUAACACGUGAACAAAAACAUGAUACCACUAUACUCAUACUCCUGUACACACACACAUGAAAAAACACAAUAUGUUGAAUGUAAAUAUUUUGAUUAGAUAUUAUGUAUACAAAACCGAUGUAUACGAAACUGAUCCAGUGCCAACGAUCCAGUGCCAUAUUGACAUCCCAUAAUGUGACGUCAGAACCAUGUUUCACAAGUUGCCAUAGUAUUUCCUACAUUUAUAAUGUAAUAAUGACCAAUAAUGCCAGCGUUUCAUAAUGUUCUUUGCUGUUUCUUAUAAAUCUCUUUCUGCUUAAUGUUGAAUGACUAUGGGAUUAAAGGGGUGGAAUGUCUUUCAUGCUUAGGGCACGCAACGAUUGUAUAUUUUAUUGCUUCAGCUUAGGAUUCAUUCAAACAAUUAUCCUUACUAUCAUUGUUUAUCAGAGUUGAUGUUGUUGCAUAUGCACUAUGUUGACAAAAAUAUAAAGAAAAAAAAUCAGCUGCUUGCUGUGAUCGCAGUAUCAAACUGAACUGCUUUUUAUAAUGUUAUUUUUUAAUUGAAUCAUGGUUUGUUGUUACUAUUAAGCGGUGAAUUUUUGUCUCUUCCACUGUGCCAUACUUGGAGUCUAGCUGUGGACUCGGUUGCAUUGAAGUAUUACUAAUAUUCAAUUGUUCAUAUUAUUUAUUAAUCAACAUAAUAUAUUGUCAUGAAGGCAUAAUUUAUUUGCUAAGAUUUAAGAAUAAAUAAAGGUCUCUUGGAUGGUGAA